CAAAAAAAACAACAACACAAGUGUUUCCGGCACAGCGUAUUUAUGUGCAACACACGAAUCACUCACAUGCGUAGCUAGCGAUGGCUAACGUAGACGAGUCGAUCUUGUUGGAGGAGUGUUUAAAACAACUUAACGUCAACACACAGCAACCGGAGAACUUUCUGAGCCUUCAAGAUGCCGCGGCAUCGGACUUGAUAUCUCUCACCAAGACCCUCUAUGACCUCCUCAAAGCCCAGGAGCCGGCAGAGUAUCAUGGCAGCCCGUUGGUUGAGCUGGUGGUGAAAAACUUGGACGAAGAGCAAAUCUGGCAGGAGCUCGAGCUGCAGAACUCCGCCGUGCUAAAACAUUUUAAAAAUGCAGUCGACGAGGUUUUAUGCGAUGAGACGUUGUCCGUACUGGAGGAGGAGAUGGAAGAAGAGGAUGGCGAGGACGAUGAGGACGAUGACGACGAUGACGAAGGAGGGCUUGAUGCACAUAUGGACGAGACAGAGGAGGAGGAAGAAGAAGAGGAGCCAAAGAAGAAGAGUCGUCAAAAACUGCCGAAUCGUUCAGCCGAAGACGACACAGAUGAGGACUCGGAUUUAGAUUUUGAUGUCGAUGCCCUGGAGAAGCGAGAGAAACAAAAACGGGAAUCUGCAGAUAAACGUUCCAAAAGGCCGGGCCUUCCCUCGGAAGUUGAUGAUAAGUUCUUUAAACUCUCCGAGAUGGAGUCCUUUCUCGAUGACAUGGACAAGCAGGAAGGGAAGCAACACCAGGAUGAAAACGAUGUUGACUACUUCCGCGACGUGCCGUCUGAUGAGGACGACGAUGAUGAUGAUGAUGACCUUGACCUGGAAAUGUUCUCCCAGAAGAAGCACAAGGACACUACGGCGAAGAGCUCCAGGGAUCUGAAGUACAAAGACUACUUUGAUGCUGCGGACGGAGCCGUGGCGGAAGAUGCUGAGGAGGAAGACGAAGAGGAAGAAGCCGCCGAUGAUGAUGAUGAUGAUGCUGAUUUUAACAUCGACGAGAGCAAAGACACAAGCCGAUCUAAAGCCUCCGGUAAAAAAGUGACCUUUAACCUUUCCGGAGAUGAGGACAGUGAAGGGGAGGACCUUGAGGACAUUUUCGGAGGAAAUAAAACAAGUUCUGCGAAAUCUGAAUCCAAGUCCUCGUAUGAGAAGUGUCAAGAAAAGAUGUCCCAUAAAAUCGAGGAGUUGGAGAAAGCCGCCCUUGCUGGGAAGUCAUGGCAGCUGUCCGGAGAAGUGACGGCGAAUAGCCGCCCGGAGAACAGCAUGCUCGAAGAAGAUUUGGACUUUGAGCAGGCGUCUAGGACGGCUCCGGCCAUCACAGAGGAAACCACGCUGCAGCUGGAAGACAUCAUUAAACAACGAAUCAAAGACCAGGCAUUUGAUGAUGUCGUUCGCAAGGAGAAGCCCAAAGAAGAAGUGUUUGAAUACAAGAAGAGGCUGACGUUGGACCACGAGAAGAGCAAGCAGAGUCUGGCAGAAAUUUACGAACAGGAAUAUCUCAAGUUGACACAGCAAAAGACAAAAGAAGAGGAAAACCCAGCUCAUGUGGAAAUCGAAAAACUGAUGGACUCGCUCUUCUUAAAGCUGGACGCGCUCUCCAACUUCCACUUCACACCCAAACCAGCUGCGCCGGAGGUGAAGGUGGUAUCUAACCUGCCGUCCAUCACGAUGGAAGAAGUUGCCCCAGUCAGUGCAAGCGACGGCGUGCUUCUUGCUCCAGAGGAAAUAAAGGAGAAAAACAAAGCGGGCGAUAUCGUGGGUGCGACCGAGAAGACGUCCACCGACAAGAAGCGCGAGAGACGCCUGAAGAAGAAGGUGAAACAUUUCAAAAUCAAGGAGAAAGAGAAGAGGCAGAAGCUGAGAGAAGCCAGUAAAGCUGGAGACAACAAAAGGCUGUCAAAGGCUCAAGUCGCAGAAAACCUGAAGAAAGUCACCAAAGGAGGCAAAGCUACCAUACUCAAGGAUGAGGGAAAGGACAAGGCGCUGCGAUCUUCUCAAGCUUUCUUCUCACAGCUGCAGGAUCAAGUAAAAAGCCAAAUAAAAAGUGCAAAGGGCCAGCCUGCAAAGAAAAAACACAAGGACCUUUCUGCCAGCAAACUCAAGUUAUAAUGGCCGAUGCGUCGUCUGAGCAGAUGGUUUUAUUGUACAGAAUCCUCUUUACAUCUUUGUAAUUUGUUUGAAUUAAAAUCAUUCAGUAUUGUCAAUUGUCUUUUUUUUUUUACUAUUGUGUCAUAUAGUACAGUAUUUCUGCACCAGG